GUUAUUGUAAAUGUUGAAAGAGCAUUUAAAAAAAUAAUCUUUAAACUGUAUAGUGAUUGUGAAUUUUUUCUUAGGUAAUUUACUCUAUUAGCUAAAAAGCCUCUCCAAGUAAGAUAAUAUAUCAGUGUUCUUAAUGCUUUUUUAUAUAUUUACAUGAAGGUAUAGGGGGAUAUAAAAAUAUUAUGAACAUGCGCACAUUACAUUUCUUGUUAAACUCACAUACACAAAUAACAAACCACAUGAGGGCCCAUUGUACCUGAAACUUGUGCAACGGCUAUAUUUGUAAGACAUCCACCAGUUCUGUGGGUAUAUAUAAUAAGACAUCCCUCAGUUCUGUGGUUAUACUUAUAAUAAGACAUCCCAAAUUCUAUGGUUAUUUUUAUAAUAAGGCAUUUCUCAGUUCUGUAGUUUUGUUUAUAAUGAGACAUUUCAGUACUGUGACUGUAUUUAUAAUAAGACAUCCCUCACUGCUGUUCCUAUAUGUAUAAUGAAACAUCCUUGAGUGCUGGAGCUUUAUUUAUAAUAAUACAUAAUAUUUAUAUAUGACAUAAGGGAGUACCAUCUCUGGCUGGAAGAGGACCCUUAGCUUCGGAGGAAACGACACACAACGCAUUAGAGGGAAUUUUUAGGUCCCCUCCUAUAUUGUUUCUGUUUUUAUCCUACCACGCUCUUCCUUUUUUGUUUGUGAUUUAUUAGGUAUUUAAAGGUAUUAGGUAUUAAUAUUAUAAUAUAAUACUGUAUAUUUUUUUAGACAGUUAAAUCUGAAAAACUUGCUACAUGAUUUUUGAUUGUUAAUAAAGUUGUACACAGACACUAACUUUCCUGCUGGUGAACGCAUGUGGAAAAGUGCAUUUGGAUGUUUGCUUUUGCACUUGCCAAUUCAUGGGAAAUGUUAUUGAGUAUAUUUUAUGUCUAGCAUAUUUUCUAAUAUAAUAAGCACAGUAUUAUCUUACUAUUUAUGAAUUACAGGUGGUUUACAUAUUGUAAAAAUUUUCCAUUCUCUUGUGUCUGUGACAUGUAAUUAAAUUACUUUAUAUUCCUACAAAAUAGAAUUAGAUUAUUCCAAUUGCCAGGCUGCGAGCAGCUGCGUCCAACAGCCUGGUUGACCAAUCCAGCAACCAGGAGGCUUGGUCGACGACCGGGCUGCAGGGACGCUAAGGCCUGGAAGCACCUCAAGGUAUUGCUUAUUUGAUACAGAGUGUCAUCUGUUGAUGGUACUCUAUACUGAGCUGGAUGUUCUAUACUGAUUGUCAUGUAGUAACUUGUAUUAUUUAUGCAUCUGACAGUCCAAGUGUUUUAUGCAUCUUUUAAGAAUAUUUGUUUUAGUAAUGAACAAAAGCUCAUCCAUUUUAAGUCAUCACGAAUAUGUAACUAAGAUUUUUCUCUAAUAUUUUUCAAUAAUACAAAAAUGUAUUUAGGAGAGAAAUACCAAUAAUAAUUGUCUAUAUGACUUAACUAAUGAAAUGUAGGAUAAUUCAUUAGACAAUACUUAGGGUUUUUGGAUCACAUAACUUUAGCUUAAAGGUAAAUACAUUUAUUUACUUCUAAAAAAAAAAAAUUUGAAAAAGUAUUUUCAACAAAAGGGAGUCUAAUAAAACACUUGAGGAUUUAUACAGGAGAGAAACUAUAUCACAGUUCAGAUUGUCAAAAAGACUUAUAAUGUAAAUGCUUUUCAUGUAAAUCAGGUACAGUAAAACAUAUGAAACAUGAUAGAAUUUGCAUUUAGUUAAUCUUAGUAAACUGUACAAAUAUUUAUUCAAAAGCAAAACAUCUUCAGUGUUGAAUGUUCAAAAUUAUAUCAUGAAAACAUCUUGCAUAAUAGCAUACAAAAAUGUAGAGAAGAAAAUCAAUAUUAAAUAUUCAUUGUCUAAACUACUUUAAAAAUAUAAAAAUUUAAAUAUGAAUACCCAUUCAGGAGAAGAGCCAUAUCACUGUAGAGUAUGUCUAAAAGACUUUAAAUAUGAAUCAUUGUUAAUAAUGCACAUGAGGAAUCAUACAGGAGGGAAACCAUAUCACUGCUCAGAGUGUCAAAAAGACUUUUCACAAAAAUCACAUCUAAUAUCACACAUGAGGAUUCAUACAGGAAAGAAAUCAUAUCCCUGUUCAGAGUGUCAAAAAAUCUUUUCAACAAAAGCAAGUCUAAUAAGACAUGUGAGGAUUCAUACAGGGGAAAAACCAUAUCACUGUUCAGAGUGUCAAAAAGACUUUUCACAAAUAUCAUAUCUAAUAUCACACAUGAGGAUUCAUACAGGAGAGAAACCAUAUCACUGUUCAGCGUGUAAAAAAGACUUUUCACAAAAAUCACAUCUAAUAUCACACAUGAGGAUUCAUACAGGAGAGAAACCAUAUCACUGUUCAGAGUGUCAAAAAGACUUUUCACAAAAAUCAACUCUAAUAACACACAUGAGGAUUCAUACAGGAGAGAAACCAUAUCACUGUUCAGAGUGUCAAAAAGACUUUUCACAAAAAUCAGAUCUAAUAUCACACAUCUGGAUUCAUACAGGAGAGAAUCCAUAUCACUGUUCAGAGUGUCAAAAAGACUUUUCACAAAAAUCAACUCUAAUAUCACACAUGAGAAUUCAUACAGGAGAAAAACCAUAUCACUGUUCAGAGUGUCAAAAAAACUUUUCACAAAAAUCAACUCUAAUAUCACACAUGAGAAUUCAUACAGGAGAGAAACCGUAUCACUGUUCAGUGUGUCAGAAAUACUUUUCAACAAAAUCACAGCUAAUAUCACAUAUGAGGAUUCAUACAGGAGAGAAACUAUAUCACUGUUCAGUGUGUCAGAAAUACUCUUCAACAAAAUCACAUCUAAUAUCACACAUGAGAAUUCAUACAGGAGAGAAACCGUAUCACUGUUCAGAGUGUCAGAAAUACUUUUCAACAAAAUCACAUCUAAUAAGACACAAGAGGAUACAUACAAGAGAGAAACCAUAUCACUGUUCAGAGUGUAAAAAAGUCUUUUCAACAAAAGCAAGUCUAUUAAAGCACAUCAGGAUUCAUACAGCGUAAAUGUCAAUUGAAUAUUGUGUGUCUAAAAGCUUUUCAUGUAAAUCAUGUACAGUAAGACAUGAAACAUGAUAGAAUUUGCAUUUAGUUAAUCUUAAUACAGAGGACCACUGGCUUUGUGAACCCCCUGAGGGAUGAGACCUGUCGGUUACAAUGUAAGUUCGUAAACGAGAAAUAUAGGAAAAAUAUAUAAACGAGAAGUGUAGGAAAGAAAUCUAAAGGAAAAAUUGACAGGUUCAUAGCAUAAAUGCGACAGUAUUUUGUUUGUACUUGCCAAGAAAAGAAGUCCUGAUCCACUUUUUAUGUUGAUCAUUGUUGAUGUAGCAUAGUUAUUUACAGGGAAGAGGUGGUGGUAGAUGUUGAUGGAGUUGGGGUUGACCGAAAUGGAGAAGAAUGGUGAUAAGGUAACCUCAGAUGUUGACGCAUUUGGGUCAACAUGUGAUGAGUCAGGUGCAGGUGAGGCAAUGCGAGCUUUCUUGGAAGCCUUUGCAAAAGACUAUAAUUGUCAUUUGUUUCAUUCCCUUUGAUCUUAUUUUCAGAAACUUCAUAUACAGAUUGUACUGAUUAGUCAGUACAAUUGUACUUGACUUCUGACUGUCAAGCAUCCAGUCACAAGUCAUUCAGUUAUUACCAGUCAAAGGCUGUUAGGCAUUCACAGUUAUGGUAGCAACCAGUCACAAUUUGUUAACAACAUGAGUCCGAUGUUUACAGAAUACAAAUGUGAUGUUCUCUCACAAACCCAAUGUACCUUCUUGUAUACAAGUAUGUCAGCCAGGGCAGUCAGUCAGUCAGUCAGGGCAGUCUGCAUCUAAGUCCACCAUCUGGUAGAAAGGUUGCAGAGAAUCUGGACUGUAUUAAUACCCGUCUACACGUGCCUUGAGGGCUUGGGGGGAGGGGGAGGCGGUAGGAUGUAGCGGGUAUGGGGAGCUGAGGGUAUUUGGUGUGACCACAGCCAGUCUGUGAUGGUCCGCCUGCCGCCCAAGCCCGCCUACCCGCCCGAACCCACCCAAGCCUGCCUACCCACCUAAACCACCCAAGCCUGCCUGAACCCACCCAAGCCCCCUCAAACCCACCUGAACCCACUUAAGCCCCCCGAACCCAUCCAAGCCUGCCUACCCGCCCAAGCCCAUCCAAGCCUGCUUACCCGCCCGGGCCCACCCAAGCUUGCCUAAACCUACCCACCCAAGCCCGCCUACCCACCUGAGCCUGCCUAUCUGCCCGAAACCCCACCGAAGUCCGUCUAAAGACCCCUCGCCCGAACCCACCAAAGUCUGCCCCCCUGAACUCACCCAGCCUGCCUGCUUGCCCACCAAAAGCUUUGCCUACCAGCCCACCCACCAACCCACCUAGCCCUCCCCCCUCUCAUUAAUGUACUCACCCACCCAGUCUGCCCACCAAUCCAUCCACACGGCCCACCCAGUCAGUCCGCCAACCCAGCCAUCCUCCCUGCCCAUGCACGUACCCACCCUGCCUGCUUUCCAGCUGGCCACCAAUCCAUAUACAUACCUACCCACCCAAAACUGCCCACCCAGCCACCCACCCGCCUGCUACCUAGCCUGCCUGCCAGUCAGUCGGCCACCACUCCAUCCAUAUGUUUUGCCCGGUCACCUGCUAACCCUGCCUACCAGCCAUCCCAUUUCCCCAAGACACCCUCCCUGCUCAUCCACCCACCAGUUAGCCAUCACUGACACAAUGCGUGCAUUAGGAGCCGAAAUGGUGCACGGAUGUUCCUAGAUUGUGCAGAUAUAUCCAAAAAGUCAUGGAAUGAACACUCCAGUCUCGUGACAAAUCAAAACAAUGGGAACAGUUGGCAGUGAAUCUGUGUCGUCACAGGGUAGAAGGCACUAGAGUGGCGCCCGACACAGUCAGUUGGUAAACUAGGCCCUCUGCUUGGCGAUUGACCUGAGUCCCCUCUAGCCGUGUGCGAGUUUGAGGAUUGCUCUGUCCCCUUGUCUCAGGGCAACGCUCAUUGUUUUUGCCUCUGUCAUGCUGCCUAUUGGGUCAGUGACACAUUCGACCCUGAGUCCUGCGAGCUUUGUUGCUUGUUUGUGACUUAUUUUUCCCCAAUCUGACGAUGACAUUGUCCCCCCCCUCCCCCCACCGCCUGCUACUGGCUCCUAAGCAUCUGAGGGCUUCGUGGUCGUGCCAGGGUUUAGAGGUUUCUGAGACUCGGGUGGUUUCGGGGAUUGCCCCUUCCAGGGGGGCGAUAGAGGCAUUCGAGUCUAUUCCUCCAGCUGUAGCUCCUGGGCCUGACCAGUGGGCCCAUUCUCUUCCUACUCUUUCGGCCGCCUCGGCCUUUUCUUGUGAGGCCGGGGCUUUGGAGGAUGACUCGUCCCCGGGACCUGACGUGGAGGUUCCCAGGGUUGGUGAGGAGCUGGCUUGGGGGCCUUGGGCCCUGUUGGAUCCCGCCUGGGUUUUCCGACCCUCUGAGCGGGGCUUACUGUUUCAAGGAGUGGGGGUUUUCCUUUCCCCCCUUUGCGUACGAGUUGGAUUUGGGUUCGGCUCUUCUCCGAGUUCGGUUCCGUGUCCCUGCAGGUUCUUCGGUUUCGUCUUUCUGGAGGUUUUCGGCUUCCCACGUCUCGUCUACUGAGGUGCAGGCAGCCAUUGCAGCUUACUUCCUGCACAACCCGGAGUAUGCCUCCAUAAUGGAUCCGUCUUCUUUCAGGUUUGGAUCUUCGUCUUCAUACUGGGUUUGUUGUGAGGUUUUUGGCUUGUCCUCUCCUGCGGGCUGCCCUUUGUUCUUGCUGUAUGCUUGGGAACCUUCUGUUGUACCCGCAAGGUUGAGUGGCAUGGGGCAUCUACUGUGGUCCAGGUUAACCUGGAGGGUGACUUUGAGCACCUUAAUGAGUGCCUUUUCGCUCCUGCCCUUUUUCGGGAUGUUGGCGUGGUUCUGCUUCAUGUGCAAGUUCCUUCCCUGUCAGCUGCGCUUGUGGCCCGGGCUGUGGUGGGUAUGUGGGCCUGCGGGCCACUCCAAGCAACAGCCUGGUGGACCAAAUUCU